CUCACCUCAAUUAUGAUGAAUUGAUUGUCUGUGUUGGACGUGGCUACGAGAUCAGUUACUCAAUACUGUUUAGUAUGCCCUUCUCCGCGUACCGUCAUGUCGAUCCAACUAGCCAAGCCCCAGGCCUCGAAUUCGGGGUCAGGCGGUUCGAGAAAUCGAUCAUUUGAUGGAUGCGCCACUUGUCGCAGUCGACAUGUCAAGUGCGAUGAACGUCGUCCUGCCUGUUCCAUGUGCGAGUAUUUCGGCUUAGAUUGUGCUGGGUAUGAGAAGGGCGUCUUUUUCGAUGGUGAACCUGCCACCGAUGCGACGGGCGAAGGAAUCGCUCGCUUUCGCCGGCCUUUGCUGACUGAGGAUGAACGCAAGCGUAUGAGUGCGUGGCUUGUGUCAAGCGUGCCUCACCAAUCGGUUUUGUGUGUCCUUUCUCAGAUUGACGACGAGUGUGAGGAGUCGGCCGCUGAGCAACAGGUUCAAAUCCAGUGCGGUCCGUUUGGCGCCUUCAAAUUGACUCUGCUUCCGUGGAUUCAUUCUGACGAGAAAGCUACGACCGAAGAACUCCUCGAUCUGAGUUCUCCGACGGAAGAGUUGGUGCGGCUCAAUGACGAGCGUCUCGUAUCGACUGAGGCAUCCCUGUCGCCGUGGACCCAAGAUCUGGUCCAGGCCAUUUUCAGUCAAUCCGAGCAGAUCUCGGUCCCAGCGUCUCCGGACUUUUGGAAUACGACCUUGGACUCAAGCUGCAUCCCGGAGAUCUUCGACGAGCAGGUCCUCAUGUCGGGAACUCAGGAGGUGUUCAGCACCCCAUUGUCAUCGACGACCUACCACUUUUCAACUUUCAUGCCAGGGGCUGCGGCUCAGCUCAAUCAGUCGAUGAUCAUCCCUUCCGUUUCGUCCGUCAUCAGCCCCAAUGACAGCAUUCCACAGGACGUGGUGACCCUGCUUAAACACUACACCACCACCGUCAUCACUUUGCUCACGCCGCUCCGCCACACCAAAACACCCUGGCACAUUCUCUUCAUUCCUCACAUCCGAUAUUGCCUGGCGGCUCUGACCCUCGGCGAGCAGUUGGACCACGCCAGCCUGACCGCCUUCUAUGGAACCUUGGCCAUCAGCGCCUUCAGCCUAGGUGGGGUCUCUCAGUCUCAGUCCUGGCGCGACAAGGGCAAGACUUUUCAACAAAGCGCGCGAGAGCACGCCCGCCUGAUGCUGGGAACGGCAUAUUCCGUUCCCAAACCCGCCAAAUACAAGUCUAUCUUGAUGGCGCUUCUCGCAAUGGUCCAGCUGUCCAUGUUCGUCGGCACUCGCGAUCAAACCGACUGCUACCUGUUGGAGGCGGAAAAAUUUAUCCGGCUCAAAGGCCUCAACCGCAAAAAAUCCCGCAAGGUUCGACUGCUUCAUCAUUGUUACGUCUUUGAGCGACUAUUUCACGAAAGCAUCUUCAUCUGUGGAGCUAACUCCACACAACGUCGACAUGUGCGCAAAGCCAUCGAGUCCAGUGGGCUGGCGGUCCACAGCCGAGACAGUCUCUCCUUCCGGCUCCCAACGUGGACGAACUUGGACGAGGAGUGGUCCACAUUGAAAAGCCAGGAAGCCGGCGAAAAUGACCUGCAUCUGGAACGGCCUGGGGAGUUCCCGCCGACCCUCUACCCCGAAAUAUUCGCCUUUCCGGAGCCGUGGCUCCUGUUGCUGUCACUCACUAUUCGUCUGGGCAAGGAGAAAGAUUAUGCUGAGGCUGAGGGCGUGACGGAUGCGCUCAGCUUAAAGGUCUUUGCCAGUCGCGCUAAAGCUGUGGAACGACGCAUCCAUCAUCUACAAGUCCAGCGGUUCACCGACACGGCGUAUCCUUCCAGCAGCUUACAGUCACCACGGGAUCGGGACGUGCUGAACAAUAUGCUCGAUGCCGUCCAGCAAGCGUUGAUCAUUUACUUCCACCGACGCAUCCACGAUCUAGACGCCUCGUUGUUGCAACAGAAGGUGGUCGGCGUGCGGGAUUGUCUGCUGCGCUGCGAAUUUGCGGAUCCCACCGUGGUACACGGCUCCGCAGGGUUUCUCUGGCCGGCCUUCAUCGCAGCAUGUGAGGCCGAGGACCCCGAGGUGCAAGUCUCCUUCUCUCAUUGGUUCAAGACCUCGGCGCAGCGAAGUGGUCUGUCUUGCUUUACCAAAACUCUCCAAAGUAUUGAGCAGAUUUGGCAGGAGAAGCAGACUUCGAGCGGAUCGAGCAUCACUUGGCUGGAUAUUAUGAAGGGAAAUAUUUUGACAGACUACCACCUUUGAAAGAUGGCGGUGGACAGACCUGUUUUGACUCUAUUGCGUAGAAAUGGUGGAUGAAAUGUAUGAUUGUAUGAUUGUAUAUAUAAAUAUGCCAGAAGGCCCAAGUCAAUUUCGAGUGACAGACACG